CUCUUCGCCGCGCUGGGGUUGCGGGAGGAGAGCUUCGCCGUGGGGACCCUCAGCAGGGUCAUCGCCGCCGAGCUGGCCGGCUACGCCCCGGCCAGGAACCGGAGGAGGACAGCCACCAACAAGGCCUCCGUCGUCUUCGUGGACAGGACGUUGGACCUCGCCGGAGCAGUUGGUCAUCAUGGUGACAGUCUGGCAGAGAAGAUACUUUCUGUGCUUCCCCAGCUGCCCGGCCACAAGACCGACGUGAUGGUUAACAUGGCGGAACUAACGGCGCUACAGACUGCGGAUGGAACUUGCAGCAUUAUAGCACCUGGCUGCUUAGCACAACCAAACGAUCCAGCUGCCAGAGCUCUCUGGGAGUCCUUCAUGAACCUCAAGCAGAAGGAAGCUGUGAUGGAGGCUCGGAGACACCUUGUGGAAGCUGCGAGCAGAGAAAAUUUGCCGAUUAAGAUGAGCAUGGGCAGAGUCACCCCAGAACAGCUCAGCUCAUACAUUCAGCUUUUCAGAAAUAAUCUCAAAGCUUUGGAGAACCAUUGUGGUCUUCUACAGCUUGUGCUGGCCACAGUCCAGACUUUGAAACACCCCCAGACUUCCAAAUGGGACAACUUCCUUGCCUUUGAGAGAUUACUUCUGCAGACUAUCGGCGAGUCAGAAAUGCCCAGUGUUUUGAGCCAGUUAUUGCCGAUGAUCAAGUCUUACAACGAGAGGACGAAAGAUGAUUACGCCUGCGAGGACUUCCUUGUCUUGCUGGUCUACAUGUACUCUGUGGUGGGAGAAAUCAGAAGCGGAAAAGAGCUGGACGCAGCUGAAGAGGAGGUGAAAAAGGCCCUGGUCCAGGCGAUUUGCAAUGAGCCAGAGCUGUCUCCUUUGCUGCAGAAAGUAACAGGCUGUGGCUCAUCGCUGAGCCUGACUUCUCAGAAGGCCACCGAUGCAGUGGACAACAUCUUUCGGUCCCUCAGGGAUAUUGCAAGAGCUCGAAUGCAUCUGAAGCAGUUUAAUUCCAUACAUAAUCCGGGCAGCAACACCCACCAGGCUUCUUACAAACCUCUGCUGAAACAGGUAGUGGAAGAGAUCUGUAACCCUGAUCGACCUGAUCCUGUCGAUAUCGAGCACGUCUCAUCAGGCCUCACCGACCUCCUCAAAACUGGAUUCAGCAUGUUCAUGAAGGUGAAUCGCCCUCACCCUGGUGAUCAUCCUCUUCUGAUCAUCUUUAUGGUUGGUGGAGUGACAGUCUCCGAGGUCAAAAUGGUGAAGGAUCUGGUAGCAGCACGCAAACCUGGUACCCAGCUAAUGGUGCUCUCCUCCGCGCUCCUGACACCGCGAAGCGCUGUGGAGUUGUUGUUUGCCGAGGAACGUCCCCAGCCCGACACCGAUAUCUGA